AUGGUCUCUGGGCGGGUCAAGACGUGGCUGAAAGAAGAAGGGGAGUACAUCGGAACGCACGAGCUGGUGGCGGAGAUCGAGACGGAGAGUCUGAUGCCUGACGACGGCUCGGUGGAGCCCACGGGCCAGGGCAACAAGACGACGGUGAUGCUGUUGGAGGUGGUGGACGACGGGUACGUGGCGCGGCGCAUAGCCGCGGAGGGCGAGGAGCUGCAGGUCGGCGCGCCGAUCGCGGUGCUGUGCGAGGACGAGGAGGCGGUGGAGGGCCUGGCGGACCACGUGCCGCCGUACAGUGAUCUCGAGGGGCAGGGGGUGCCGGUGGGGGCGCAGGCGAUCUGGCAGGCGUACUUCAAGAACCCCGAGGACAAGGCGCAGGGGUGCGACUGA